GACACAACUACACAAACAAGACACCACAACCAACCAAAAAACUGGAUGGUGAUGGUAAAAGAUGGACAACUCUGCAUCAAAUAAAGGCCACAUCUCCUUUUCGACAUGGGUAACCCCAACCAGCUGGCCCACAACGUCGGCACAAGGAGUUGUCGUCAACCCACGUACCAACUCUCAGCACCUCGGUCUGAACUUGUCUGAUCAGCAACCGCUGUACAACCACCCACAGGGGUCCAAUCAGAGCUGUACGACCAACCUGAGCACCAUGUCAUCAGACACCAACAGACAGAACACUGCCCCUCACACGUUGAGCAACUUGAUUUUACACAACACUUCUAUCCCCGCCGCGUCUCAACUGAUGUCUUUUUCUCAGCAAACCCCUCACACUUCAUCGAUGCGGGGAUCAACAAGCCGGGGAAAAACAGUGUCCCCGGAACCUCUUCCCCAACCAAACCAAGGACCACAGCCUUGUAGCUCCCAGCAUUUCCCUCCUCUACCAGCCAAUGUCCCUUAUAAAACUUUCCCAGCUCAGUUACUCGGUCAGGCCGUACCAGAUCAAGAUCAGUCUGUAAAUUUUCCAUCGUGUGGACUGAAUAUGUCUGAGGAUGCAUUUGGAGGAAGUAGUGGAGAGUCGACUGGUGUUGAUGGAUCCUCUCAGAGCUACAACUCAUCCACUUCCCAGGAGCAUCCUCAGUGGCCGUCUUCUUCAGGUAGCAAUGGAGCUUCCAGUGAGUCUACCUCAACUAUUGAGGUCAACAAACAGCCGUCAGUGGAGGUAAAUAUUCUUCCAUUGUUGAGGUUUUUACCAUCAAACACGACACUAGCCGUGUUUCCAUCAAAGUUUUUGGUUUUUGUUUUUGUUUUUUUUUCAAAAAAGAGUUAAUACACAAAAGGACACAUGGAAACACAUUUGUCGAAUAAGUUCUGAAGUAGCAAACAUUUAUCUGACAUGGUGGUUGAUCAGAUGUUCUCAUUGUCUGGUAACAGAGCGACUGCAG